AUAAUGGUGAGCCAUAUGAUGAUGAACUAUAUUAUGAUGAGCCAUAUUAUGAUGAGCCGGAUAGUGAUGAAAUUGAUGGUGAUGAAAUGGAUUAUGAGCUGGAUGGUGGUGAAAUGAAUUAUGCGCCGAAUGAUAGCAAAUUGAAAUAUUUGAAUGAAAAUAUUAUGGAU